AUGGCUGAUCAAGAUAACAAAGAUUUUACCGAAGAUAUUACUGAUCAAAGUUAUGAUCAAAACGGUGAUGCCCCGCAAAACGAGACUGGAAAUGGCGGUGAUGCCGGUGACGCCAAUGAGAACGGCCAGGAUUCACAGGAUGACAAAUCAGGCAGUGAUGGUAACCAGGAGUCACUUAAUGACAGAAAACUUUUCGUUGGUGGGCUCAGUUGGGAGACCAAUGACAAGGAAUUAAGAGAUCAUUUUGGUAGCUAUGGUGACAUUGAAAGUAUCAAUGUUAAGACAGACCCUAACACCGGAAGAUCGCGAGGAUUUGCUUUUAUUGUUUUCUCUAAAGCUGAAUCGUUGGACAAGAUUAUGGCAGCUGGAGAUCACGUGAUAAACAACAAAAAAGUAGAUCCCAAAAAAGCGAAAGCACGUCAUGGUAAAAUCUUCGUCGGUGGUUUGUCGACGGAAUUGUCUGACGAUGAUAUCAGGAGUUUCUUUGAUAAAUUUGGCAAAAUCGUCGAAGUUGAGAUGCCCUUCGACAAAACAAAGAGUCAGCGCAAAGGAUUCUGUUUCAUUACUUUCGAGUCUGAGCAAGUUGUCAACGAGCUUUUGAAGACACCUAAACAGACCAUCAACGGCAUGCGCGGUGGAGCCGCAGCUGGUCGCGGAGCGGCCCGCGGUGGUCGUGGGGGCCGAGGCCGAGGCUUCGGUGGCCAAGGAUGGAGCCAAGGUGGCUACGGAGCCGGUGGAUACGGCGGUGGUUACGGACAAGGAGGUUACGGUGGUGGAUACGAUGGCUAUGGUAGUUAUGACUAUUAUGGCGGUGGAUAUGGCGGCUACGGUGGUUACGACUACACCGGAUACGACGGCUAUGGCUAUGGCGGUAGUUACGACAGUGGCUACAAUGGUGGUCGCGGUGGUGCACGCGGUAAAGGUCUUCAAACUUACAGCAAAAUACAUAAUUCAUUGAAUCAUCAUUCCAUAAAAUCAUCGCGUCAUCAACAAAGCAGACAACUGCCGCAAAAUAAUUAUAACAAUCAACAACAAGAUUCGCAACAUCAAAAGAACCACCAACAAACCAAUGUAUCAUACAUGCGUUAA